AUGAUUCCAACCAGCCAGAACUCCGGUUACACCCAGGGAAGAGCAACACAGACCGCCUCGCACCCAAUUCCCCCUAACCACAUUGACUUGUCUGAAGAUCCUGAUAGUCCAGAUGAUAAUCCCACCGCCGGAUACUACAUACAACCCAAUUACCCAUCUGUUGAAUAUAUCGACAACCUAUUACUAAAUCAAAAUCUCUCUGAACCAAAUUUCCGAAAUUCCACUGAACUCUUCAUCUUAUUCUACUCAACUGCCGCUAAGCCACAAGCCCAGGCCCCCACGAGGAUGCCUUCCUCGACAACAGCUGGUAGCUCAGAUCAACCCACUAGCCAGCUUUAA